UAAGGAUGAGGAUGAGGAUAAAUAAUGCAUCAACAUCGAGGGAAUGGUUGGAGUUAUAGACAUCCAACCCCAUUGAGAUCUAAUUAAUUAAUUAAUUAAUAUAUAUCGCGUCUGUAUAGGAAGUCCAUUUCUCAAUAUCCGUAAAACUUUGUAAACCUACGAAAGCGUUCUCUGGCAAAUUCUUAGAAUUUGCCGAAUUAGCAUUCGUUCGAUUUUAGUCCUUUAUCACAAAUCAACAAUUAUUGUUGCUAUUGGUUUAUGACGUGGACGCUCGAUCGACAACAGUCUGAACUCCGGGAAGCAGGUAGGGAACAAGGACCCACGCUGAAAUGUAAUGUUUGCUAUAUCUAUCGGCCAUUUAUUUAACCGCGACCAUUUAAUGAAAAUCCAUGCUGGGUUACAUUACCUACCUCCCGGAACUUUCUCUUAAGCACUCGCACCUGCACAUACUUACUUAAUAUCACAGUUUUUCCAGUUCAAUUUCGUCUCCGCAGUAAUUUAGCAAAGACAUCAAUUUUUUCUCAUGGUGUUUUUUCAGGACUUUGUUUCUGGCAAGCCGUGAUUAAAACACGAGUGUCAGAACUACACCAUGCGUAGGCCUACGGAGUCUUAUAUGGACUUCAAAGAACAAAACUAGUCAAUAUAAAAGCCUAAAAGCAUACAACAUUCUGAACAACAAAGAUCAUUAAUAUUCACGAUGUCUCUUGCUUUUCAUUUUGUUAUCUUGUAAAAAAAAAAAGUAAACGGAUAGGCGUGUGCGUGUGUGUGGGCAAGCUCUGGAUCAGGCCUGCACAGUGUGCUAGGCCUACUUUAAUAUACAAUACGAUAAUAAUUUGUUGUCAGACCAGUAAAAAAUGCUAUUUGCACCACAGCAGCUCCAUUGGCAAUAUCACAAAAUAUAUGAAAAUCAAAGUUACAUACACUUAACCUCACAAUUCUUACAAAUCCUAUUCACUGAUCAGGACAAGGUUUGGGUCAAAGACGAUGCUGAUGGCUAGCCAUUACAUGCUCUUAUGGUAUGCUGAUUCACAGUUUCUCAAGAGGUUGGCGUGUCGCCAAGCUCCGGAGAAGACAUGGCAUACAGAAAAAAAUCGGGUGCUUGCUGCCGUGUACCCAACUCGGCUGACAUAGAAGGCAAUGAAGCGUGUAACCCUCCUUACCUGGACCUUGGGGGGCGAGGCCAGCAGAGGGGCCAAACCAUCGUGUUUCUGGAGGGAGUCCUGCAGAGGACCAAGCAGCUCGCAGAGGUCCUGGAAUGGCUGACUGCCACACAACAAUCCAUACGGAGCCUGAAGGAACAGGGCGAGGCCACUGGGGAGGAAGUCGCCUCCACGUGUAUCAGCAACACCAAGAACAAUUUAGAGAAAUCCCUGACUGACCUGGACAGCUGCAUUCAGGAUUUGGAUUACAUCUGCGGCCAGCUUUUUAAUGUGGAAGUCACAGGGAGAAAGGAAGAUGAAUCUGCUCUGAACAUGAGUGGGGACUGGAUGUGGUGGAGGGAGAAGACGAUGGAUGCUAAAACAGUCAAAUGCAUCCAAUUCCACCAACCCCCAUCUGUGGAAGACGUGUUGAAUGAACCAUGUCUGGCUAUUAAAUCGUCUACCGAGCUCUCCUUCAUGCUGCAAGACAUUGUCAAUUCAAUGGACUUAAACAAACCAAUGAAGACUGCUUUCAGGUUUGCCAAGCUCGGCCUUCACAAUUUGAACCAGGCUCUUCAGGAACGUACCAUAGAAUCCAGGCGUCGGCAGGCCGAGGUGGAGGAGCUGAGGAGGGCCGACUGCCGCUGGGAAAUGGCUCAGCUAAACAUACAUUUUUUAGCCUCAAAGCUCAAGCUAUCUGCCAUGGAGGCGGAAUUGUCAUCUUGCAAAGGGCAGAACCUUGCUCUUUUAUCAGAAAUCCAAGAAAUGCAGCAAAAUUGCAUAGCCACACAUCAACAGAAGCCUUUGCCUGAGGUCUUUCCACAAGAAAUUUGGAACGUUUCAUCUUCCAAACAGAACACAGAAACCCUCUCAACCAGGCGUAGGCUACCUCCAUCCCCUCGUAAAUCACUGAGCCAGACUGCUGAGACGGCCCAAGACAUGGCGGUCGUGGAGGAGGAGUUUGUUUAUGAAGAAAGAAGAACUGAGAAAGAGCAAUCCAUCAUAGAUCAGCUGGAGAAGAAGUGCGCAAACCUCCUCAAGGAGUUCGAGAAUUCAGUGUUUAAAAUGAUUGAUAAAGGCAGGAAGGGCGGUGGGAUGGACAACAAGGUCCUCGAUCUGGUUCAGGUCCACAGCGUCCUCCAGUCCAUUAUCAAAAACUCCUUCCAAGAACUGGUCUAUCAUCUGGAUGACAUGGUGACAGAAAGUAUUGUGACAGAAUACUCAAACAACUCCCAGACAGAAUACUCCAACAACUCUGGGAUGUCUCCGGGUUACCUGCUGCAUGAUCUGAGUGAAGGCCUUAAGCAGCACGAGAGGUCUAUGGAAGAGGCAAGCCAUACAUUCGAUGGCUUAUCCAGACCAAAGCAACAAAAUCUUGUCAACAUUAAAGGUCAAUCUGUUCGCCAUGCCCUGGGUUCUGUGAUGGCUCAGCUGAGGAACGUUAACGACAAGGGCAAGAAGCAGAUAUGUAAAAUGCGUGAAAAAACACCAGAAAGCGUGAUGGAUGAGCACAGCAAGACGAGUAUCUUCCGGGAUAAAGAUAAGAGUUUGGCCUUGAAAAAGUCCAGUCUCGUUCUAAUGGCUGUUGGAACUGAGCUACCGGUGUCUCCAAAGUUGUCUGACGUCAAGACCAGGGAAGUGGGGGAGGAGAAAGUGAACCACGUGAGCCGCUACAUUAAGGAGAUGGCGGCCAUAGCGGAGGAGCGGGUGAAGGAGGCGAAAGCGCUUCAGGGGAGAAGGAAUGACCAUAUCUGGGUCCUCGUCAUCGACUCACAGAGGACCAACCUGAAGCUCCUCUCACAGGCGGUGAACAUUGGAGGCAUCUCGGGCGAGCUGUACAAGCUGAGCAAAGACCUCAUCAUGGAUGCUCUUUGUAGCAUUGAGCAGAGGAUGGCUUUUCUCUGUCGCAGGUUCAUAAGACGCCGAGCUCUGAGAGACCUCAGAAAGCAGCUGAAUGCCAGAUUCCUCCGGGCUAAGGACUUGGAGGAUGGGCGUUCUUUAAAAUGCUUGUACUCAGCCUUCCAGAAGCUGGAUAGUUAUGAGUCAGACGUGUUGGGACGAUGGCACAAGAGACAAGUUUCCAUCGAACGCAAGCGUUCCAUCCGCAUCGCAGAGAUGCGUUACUUAUUUCCUCAGGUUAGUACAGAGUGUAACUCAUGCAUACAAAUUAACAUGAGCACAUACUACUCAUUCCAACAAAACUUUAUUUUAAACGGGAAUGUCUAUUGA